CAAACCCUGAUUUGUGUUCUGUCUCUCUCUCUCUACUUCCGUCGUGGUAGAAGGUUGAUUAACGGCGAUUCUUUUGGUCUGGCUAAUUCCGCCAAUGUCGUCCCCGGUAAAGAAGAGGAAGACGAUAAAGAAACCGUCGCUUAAGAAGAAUAAAGAAACGCCGCCGCUUGUGCUCGGUCCCACGCCGGAAUCGACCCCAAAUCCUUCGCUUCCUGAUGAUCUGCUAUUAAGCUGCUUUGCACGCGCCUCGAGACUGUACUACCCGACUCUCUCGCUCGUCUCCAAGAGCUUUGCAUCUCUCUUUGCUUCACCGGAGCUUUACAAGACCCGAUCCUCUUUAGGCCGCACCGAGAGCUGUCUCUAUGUGUGUCUAAGCUUCCAUCCUGACCCAACCCCUCGCUGGUUCACCCUCUGCCGGAAACCUGAUCGAACCAUGCCGCUGAAGAAGAAGCCACGUGGGUAUGCUUUAGCUAAGCUCCCAACUCCUCCUUCUCGCUCUGCGCACUGGUCUGGUCUCGUGACAGUUGGUUCGGAUAUCUACAACAUUGGCGGACCCAUAGACGAAGCCAACGAGCCCUCCUCUAGCGUCUCAAUCCUGGACUGUCGGUCAAACACGUGGCGCGACGGUCCAAGCAUGUUGGUGGAGCGGGACUACCCACACGCCAAUGUGAUUGAUGGAAAGAUAUACGUAGCCGGAGACUCUAACUCAACUUCUCCCGACUGGAUGGAGGUUUACUACCCGAAAACACAAACUUGGGAGCUUGUGUCUAGCCCUGCUGCGGAGAUGCGACUCCUAUGUGAUACUAUAAGUACAAGCGCAGGGAUCGAGGGAAAAGUACACAUUUUCGGAUCCAGUAAUGGUUUGGCUUACGAUACGAGGGAAGGUCGAUGGGAAAGUGCGGAUAUGGAGAUGGAUUCGGAAUGGGUUUGUUAUUCUUACUGUGUGGUUGAGAACGUGAUUUACGUUUAUAACAACGAAGAGUUCAAAUGGUAUGAUUCUACGGUAAGACUCUGGAAAGUUUUGAAGGGUUUGAAAGGACUGCCUAAGUUCCCACGUUAUACUGCUAGAUUGGCGGAUUUUGGUGGGAAGAUGGCUGUUUUGUGGGGCAGGGGUGUGGCUUCCAGUGGCUAUGUGGACAAGAUUAUUUGGUGCGCAGUGAUUGCGCUUGAGAGGCGCAGCGAUCAAGAGAUUUGGGGUAAGGUCGAGUGGAAGGAACCAGUGCUUAAAGUCCCCAAGUCAUGUAGCAUUGACCAUGCUCUUGCUGCUACUGUUUGAUGACUUAGUUAUGGGACCGACUUUGAUUGUGAUGAAUCUUUAGUAAUUUCAUUUUGCUGUAUAAUUUUCUGGCUCUUGUUAGCUGAAUGCCUUAGGCAUCAUUUCACUUUGUGUAAACCUUUGAGGGCUUAGCUUAUUUUGUGACCUAUGAAAUGCCUGGUUUUGUUGAAUGUAAUUUUCACGGGAAAAGUAGUAAAAA